ACAAACAUAUAUCCUUGCCUCCUUCAACGCCGACAGCAGCAGCUGUCAUUUUUAUUUAUAAAUUCACAAUAAAUGUUCAUAAAAUUAAUAUAUUCAGUAGUGUUUAAAUCGAGUCGGACGCUUUAUUUGUUGGAAAUACCUUCUGCAGCCAUGUCAUCAAAGCCUUUGAGUUUAGAAACUCUGAACAAGCUACGGAGUGAUUUCUAUGCUGAUCCCAAGAAUGAGUUGGCACAAAAUGUGUGCACACGGUUCGACCCAUUCGAAGUGGCAAUCAACAGGAAGAGAGUGGACAGCUCCCUCCACUACUAUAAUAUUAAGGUGGAGUCUGAAGGCAAGCCGGUAACAAACCAAGAAAACUCAGGUCGGUGCUGGCUCUUCGCCGCGCUUAAUGUUAUGCGUCUACCGUUCAUGAAGAAGUACGGCAUUGAAGAGUUUGAAUUUUCACAAAGCUAUCUCUUCUUCUGGGACAAGAUAGAACGCUCCCACUAUUGGCUCAACAACAUUGUAAGCACGGCGAGACAGGGCGAGAAGCUGGAAGGGAGAUUAGUCAACUUUCUACUCAAGGACCCCAUAAACGACGGGGGACAAUGGGACAUGAUCGUGAACCUCGUGAACAAGUACGGUGUGAUACCGAAGAAGUGUUUCCCGGAGUCGUUCAGCUCGAGGAAGAGUCUACACAUGAACGCGCUCAUCAAAACCAAGCUCCGUGAAUACGCCAAAGAGUUGCGCGACAAGGUGGAAGCGAACGCGUCCAACGACGAGAUCCAGAACACGAUAAGCAAACAGAUCGCGGUCAUCUACAACAUCGUGGCCACAUGUUUAGGUACGCCGCCAGAGAAGUUCACAUUUGAGUUCUACAACAAGGAGAAAGCAUACAAUAACUUGGGCCCUCUCACGCCGCUCGAGUUCUACAAUAAACACGUGCGGCCGUUGUUCAACGUCGAUGACAAGGUGUGCCUAGUCAGCGAUCCGCGCCAAUCGAACCCGUUCGGUCAACUGUACACGUUGCAAUGUCUGGGCAACGUAGUCGGGGGGCGGCAGACUGCGUACAAUAACCAGCCCAUAGAAACACUCAUGAAGGCAGUUAAAGACAGUAUUCAAGGCGGAGAAGCCGUGUGGUUCGGAUGCGAAGUCUCCAAGAGAUUCGAACGGAAAAGCGGCCUCGAAGAUCUUGAUGCUCACGACUACCGAUUGGUGUUCAACACGGACGUACAGAUCGGACUGGAGAAGGCCGACCGGCUCAUGUACGGCGACUCGUGCAUGACGCACGCGAUGGUGUUCACCGCGGUCGGCACUGACGAAAAAGGAAAUCCCCUGAAGUUCCGCGUGGAGAACUCUUACAGCGACAAGGAGUACGAUAAAGGAUAUCUCCUGCUCACCGAGCCGUGGUUCAGGGAGUUUGUUUUCGAGGUGGCGGUAGACAAGAAAUAUGUGCCUGAUGAAGUGCUACAAGUAUUCAACCAAGAGCCGAAAGUUUUGCCAGCAUGGGACCCCAUGGGCACCCUGGCUUGUCCACUCUGCUCCAACGAAUAACAAAUACCUACUUAAACAUAUAAGUAUAGACGAUGCGUUAUAUACUUUUUUUUUUCAAUAAUAGACAAGGGACUAACAGCUUUAUUCAUAAAAACUUAGAGCCUCCAAUAGACCAAAUUUUUACAAUUAGCGUUUUUUGUCACUUUCUUUCAAAUUAAGAAUUUUACUCGAAAGAAAGAGACAGGAGACCGUAUUAAACACGUUUUUACGAAUACGGAAACUAUUUUUCUAAUGGUGGUACUUAUAAUAAAUCCAGUGUGAUGUAAGCAAGUAAUAUCAUUUCAAAAUCCUCUCUUGCCUUUUUACUAAGAACUUAGCUAAUAGGGACCUUAGAUUAUGAAUAUAGAGUAGUAAUUGGUAAUCCGAAAGAGAAUAAGCUCAUUACAUUCAUAAAAAAAAAUGUAUAAAACUACGUUGUCUAUACAAUUGCAAUAAUUUUUUCUCAAACAAGAUUGAACUUAUAUCUAUAAUUUAGAAAUGAUUAAUGUAAUGUAAUAAUAUAACUUAGUAAGUUAAGAACCUGACUGAAUAUUGGCAAAAUGUGUUUUAAUUAAAUGUCGACCUAAAAGGCAACGACAAUUGGGAACUAUUUUGCUUAGAGCUUUAUUGGAUUACUAGCGGCCCACUCUUGCUUUGCACGGGUUAUUUUUCCCAGUAACAUAUAGUCUAUUUUACUCGCUGAUAAUGUAGCUUUCUAAAGGUGAAAGAAUUUAUCAAAUCGUUUAAGUAUUGUUUCAAGUUUAUCCAUUACAAGCAAACAUACAAUCAAAUUCUUCCUCUUUAUAAUAUUAGUAUAGACUUUAUUGUACUGCUUAAAAAAGUUUUUUUUUAACUUAUUAUAACGUUUAUAAGCGACGGGAAUUAACAUCAAUCAUUUAAAUAAUUAAUAUUAAAGAUAAUUCCCCGUUUUUUUUUUUUUAUAAAUAGCCGUGCAACGCGAAGUCUAAGUUUUCCUAACUACGCAGUAAGACUUCCUUUUUUUUAAUGACUUCAAUAAUAAAGAAAAUCUCAUUUUAGUUGUAUUUUUUUUUAUCUGAAAAGUUAUAGAUACUUACAGAUUGGCCCCACAGAAACGUUAUCAAAAUCAGUUAAUAGUUUAAUUUAUAAAUCAAAAUAACUGCUUUUAUCACAAUUGAAGUCGAAAUUUUUCUCAAACACAAUCUUUAUUGUUUUCAGGUCGAUAUUCUAAAACUCGUUUUGCCAAUUUUAAGACAUGUCUAUAUUUUACCGAGUGUGUAACAGUCUAUUUUGAUACCUGUAAUGAUAAUCAUGUCUUAAUCACAAUUUUGUCAUUACUUAUAAUUAUACAAACAUUGUAUGUUUAUAAA